AAUUUAAAGCAAACAAAAAUGGAAGACUCGAAGCUCCAAGAGCAGCAGCAGCAACAACAACAGCAGCAGCCUCAAGACUCGCCACAAGGUGAUGCUGCUCAACAACAAAAACAGCCGCCGCCAGUAAAGGAAGUUAUUGCUACCAAGGUUACCGGUACCGUUAAAUGGUUCAAUGUCAAAAGCGGCUAUGGUUUUAUUAAUCGUGACGACACUAAAGAAGAUGUGUUUGUCCAUCAGAGUGCUAUCAUCAAAAAUAAUCCCAAAAAAGCCGUACGCUCCGUUGGCGAUGGCGAAAUGGUCGAAUUCGAUGUUGUCAUCGGCGAAAAGGGCAAUGAGGCUGCUAACGUAACCGGCCCAUCCGGCGAACCCGUACGUGGUAGCCAAUUUGCUGCCGAUAAACAGCGUCGCAAUCGCAAUAUGCCAUGGCGUAGAAAUCGUCGCCGUACCGGUGGUGAUCAACAGCAGGGACAAGGACAGCAACAAGAUGGCGGUAAUCAAAUGCAGCAACAACAACAUGAUCACGAUGGUGGUAAUCACGAUGAUCAACAACAACAGCCCCAACAGAGGCAACCACGUAACUUCCGACGCGGAGGUGGUGGCGGCGGCGGUCCACGUCGUGGACGUGGCGGACGUUUUAGGUCCUACUAUCCACGCAACCAAAGUCAACGACGUCCAGUAAGUGGCGGUGAUGGUGGUAUGGGCGGCGGCGAUGGCGGCCACGACCAGAACGCUGAUCCUAAUCAUAGGGGCGGCGAUGGUCAAGGCGGUCCAAUGCGCCGUGGUGGUCCACAAAGACGUUUCUUCCGUCGUAAUUUCAAUAACGGUCGCGGCGGUGGACCACGUGGUGGUCCACCACGCAAUGACGGUGGUCAGGGGGGACAACAAGGCCAAGGCGGACAAGGUGGUCCCCGACGCAACAGUCGUCCACGUCGUCCAAAUAACAGAAAACCCAACAACGGCGGAGGACAAAACAAUCAACAACAGGUAAACUAAAAAA